GGGCGCCGUCCGUCCGUCCGGCGUGUCUUGUUUAUUACGGUGAGGUCGGAAUACAAACCCCCCCCCCCCCACAGCCGGGCUAUACGCUUCUGAGUAAACCCCGUCCUCAAGAAAAAAAAAAAUAGUUUGCCCAAUGGAUGAAGAUGCUAUCCCCCCAAACCCUUUCUAUAGUGCACCCCCCCACAGUGAACCUCCACCACCUCUCCUCUCCCUUUCCUCCAUCACUCCCAGCUGUGUGAAUGAUGGAAUAUCUGACGGCGGCAGCAGAAAAAGAAAUCGUGUUCAAGGGAUCAGAGCUGAGACUUCUAAAAAGAAGAGCGACACGGACAGCAGCGCAGCUCAGAAACCAACCAGACAGGAUCCAUCCCCCACAAAGAGACAGAGGGAGAGUGGGAACAGCAUGGUGCAAGUGCCACAGCCCAAGCAGCCACGAGUUGAAAGCGCAAACUCACAUGAAAAACAGGAUGGAUUUGAUAUUGGUGCAGCAGAAGAGUGCCAAAAUAUGCAAAACGAUCAGAAAACCCCGAGAAAGAACCCGAUCAUAGUCGAGCAGUUAGCUGACAAUACAGCGCUGAAUCUCGGUGCUACUAAAUCUGACAUAGACACAAGCGACGGACUGACUGAACAGACUGUUGAAAAUGCAUCUGCUGCCAAAGGUUGGGUGAUCGGCCCGUUGUUUCAGUCGUUCAAAUCGAAGAUGGCCAGCUUCACAGAGAUAGUUUUGACUCCAGUUAAGCUCUUCAGGGCUAAUAGUCCUCCACCGUCCAUGGACCAUCAACACAAACUGGAUGACUUUGUUGAGCCACAGGCAGACAUGCAGUCUGAAGGUGAAAGCUCAAAGCCAAGUGACACUUUUGUUCCAGAAGGACAAAAUGAAAAUGGAAAUCUGGACCAUAAAGUAAAUCCGGAGAGUUCUUUAUCUCAAACAAGGCUCUGCGAUGGAGAAGGUGAACAAAAAAACAAGACUGUUGCUCCUUUACAUUCUAGGAAAUUAGCGUUUGGUGAUGAAUGUGCAAUAACUGAGAAUGAGACAAACUGUGUGCCUUUGCAACACAGUCCCUUACCCUGCCUUGUAUCUGAGCAGGUGUCAGAACCUGUUGGGUCCGUUAUUAGGUCCUCUUUCCUGUUACAGCCUUCCGUCGAUGCAAGUGCCUCACAUGAAUCCCAGUUGGAAAGUGUUGUGGAGGAACAGAAAAGCACACUGCCUGCCCGGGUUAAACCACUGCCUAGAAGACGCGCUGGAAACAGAUCUGAGUUUAAGAAAGUUGCCUCUAAGACUCUUAUACUCGAAGUCACAAAGGAAGAGUCGGAGACUGGGGGGGAGCAUCUAUUGCACAUUAAUUCAGACAAAGCUGAUUCCGGUGAUAUCGAUAAGACGUUGUCGUUACGUUCCUCGGUCUGUUACGCUCAGCCAGACACAGACUGGCUUCACCACGACUCUGAGAAAAUAGAGAGCGGCCGUUUAGUUCGACAAAGCCUCCGACAAAACCGCCAGAGUAACUUAAAUAAUUAUGCUAAUGAAGGCACGCUAACAAAUCCCACUUUGGACACGCAACACCUCAACAACCUCGAAUGUCAGCGUAGCACUGAAAGUUACUCCGAUGCAGGUCUAGGGGGAACGAAGAGAACGGUGAAAGUGGACUGUCAAUACCAAGACAUGACGAAGAGGAAAAGGUUGACAGAGGACGUAAAAAAUCGAGAGUUAUUAAACGUGGCUUCAGACGCUGGCGAGGAGGAAACGCUGAAACCCGUAAGGAAAAGACAGGCAGCUACAACAAGAGGAAAUAGGAAAGGUAAAAAUGGGCAAGAAACACUUGGUGCAUUAAAUGAAAAAGUAUUACUCAUGCAGACUGAAUGUGCCUCUGAUGCUGCAUCUGUGUGCUCGCUGGUUAAAAGCAAUGAGAGAAAUCAGAAAGGCGGCAGCAGCAGCAAGGCUAAACCAAUUGCUUCAUGCAAAAGACCGAAGACAAAAACUGGUCUUGGUAAACCUGACGUAGACCUCGAUGACAGAAUGGAUGUGGAAACCGCAGCGGGUGUCGCUUCUACAAAACAAGCCGAGCGGAAGCAGCUAUCAGAAGUUGACGACCGUCUUUCGGAUCUAAAACCACUCGAGAAAUUAAACAAGUGCAGGAGUAUAAACAAGAAGCCACGGAAACAGAAAUCACCGAACCAAGCAGCUACGACGACUUCAGACAGCACUACCUCAUCAGAACUGCCAGUGGAGCCGCUAGAGGUCACGCUUGCAGAUGUUAACGCCUCCCGGGACAUCGAAAGAGACGAGACCUGGAAAACAGGGUCAAACCAGCCCACAAAGAGACUCCGAACAGAUCGGAGAAGUCCGGCUGAAUUUUCUAGGGCACGUGGGGCUGAAAAGGCGACGCAAUGUAGCGAUAGCCUUCACGUGCUAACCAAAGAGAGCCAGCCUAAAGAUGACAAUGUUAAAUUCUCUACAGAUCCCGUUUAUUUUGAAAUGACGCCUUUUGAAAGUAAUCAACCUGUUCUUUCACCCUCCGAAAGUUAUUUAAACUGUUCUGUGAAAUUAGAAAAAUCACAGAAAGUCGAGGAUGGAAAAGAAACGAGUCCUGAACCCUCUAGUGUCUCUAGGUUAAGGCCCAGUGCGAGAAGGGUGAACAGUAAGCCGAGGAGAGUGGAUAACCAAAGGAGGAAAUGCAGGGUUUUAUAUAGCAGGACACAUGUAAGCGAAGAGGCGACAAACUCGGUCACCAUGGAGGACGCGGACCUCUCUACGUCAGGUCUGCGACCAUACGAAAAAACCAACAGCAGCUUUUCUAGGCGUUUGUUACGCAGCCACUCCUGCCCCGAAAUCCCCUCGCUCCGUUCCCAUGACACGCCAUGGAUUUCCCAUCUUCACUCGCCGCAGCACAGCAAGGCUCACACAUCGCACCAUCACCACCACAAUCAUCAUCAUCAUCAUCAUAACCACAACACCCACCACCAUCAGUCCAGCACCCACACUCCUUUUGUCCCUCAUACCCACAAAUCUCUGCAGCGGGCUCGUCGGCACACAGUCUGCAGCGUGGAGGUGGAGCGGGAGAUUGCCCCUCUCUGCCUUCGUAAGGAAGUGUACCCGUCCAGGAGAUCCGCCCCGUACGACGGCAUCUCCCAACACCUCUCUCCCUGCAUCGCACUUUCUCCCAGCACUUCAUUCGCAGCUCUUGCUUCCUGUUUCCUUUCGAGCCCCCUGGCGUUCCUCUCCAAGAAAAUCGAUAACAGAGGAGCCGCAGCGAGCCCCGGCACUUCCACUCAUACUAUUUCCUCUCCCGCUGCCUCCGCCUCCUCCUCCUCUUCUUCUUCUUUGACGUCUCCGCUGAGCUCCUCCACGUGGCACCAUCCAGGAUUCUUCCAAAGAGGCGACUCCUCUGAUGCCGCCCUGGAAUCGAGUAGCAGCAGGAGUCCGCUGGAGUGUAAGAUGGAGAGACGACAACAGAUCGAGGAGGAGGAUGACGGCGAGGACACAAGCUCGUCCAGUCAGGAGUUUGAAGAUGUUGGGAUGAGAGAAGAAAAAGCUCUGUCCGAUUCUGAAAUCAAGGUGGUGCAGAAGCACGAAGAACGAGGAAAAGUGUCGUCCAUCAGAAUUCGGAAAACUUUACCCAAACCUCAGAACAACCUGACGCCAAUGGGCCUCCCCAAACCCAUCAGGCUGAAAAAGAAGGAGUUCAGUUUGGAGGAAAUUUACACCAAUAAAAAUUUCAGCAAACCCCCCGAAAGCCGUCUGGAGACGAUAUUCGAGGUGCCGCUCAGUCGCCGCAACGGCUCCGAGUCGUGGUUCAGCCAGAGGCGCAUCAAACGAUUUCUGGAGUUCCUCGAAGUCGGCGAGGUCAGAAAACCAAAGAAGCCGCUCGUUGGCGUUGGAAAAACGGGGCUGUCGUUGGCGCCGACGUCCAGGACGAGACGAGGAGGUUUCUCGAAAGACGAGCGGUCCCUCAUCGCGCAGGACGUGGACUCGCUUCUCUGUGCCAAACUCGAUCAGCUGAAUUUGUGGUUGAUUCACGAUCAGAAAGACAGUUGACAUUUGCCUCUCUCUCAUGUGGCGAUUAUAAGGCAGCCAUUAAAAAGAAAAAGAAAGAAAGAAAGAAAAAGACUGCAAGAAAUCAUGCUGUCCGUCUGUCUGUAUGACUUUCUUUUUUUUCUUUUUCUAAUGUAUUUCCAACAUGAAGAUUCACACGUUUGAGUUUUCCAGCUCUUUAUUCGGUCAGCACAAUCAAUAUAUUUAAAUGUUGUGGUGACAAAUUAUUAUUGUUGUUAUUAUUAUUGAAGAAUUAUACUUUUUACUCUGUAGCAUUUGUAGCCUGCAAGUUGAAGAACAAUGCAACAUUAAUCCAUAAAACAUAAAUGUAAAGUUGAUUAUAAAAAACAAACAAACACACAAACAUGAUGGUAAGUCAUGUCAAGUUUUUUUUUUUUUGAUUCACUAUCAAACCUCAAACCUCUGCCGUCCAUUUUCUCCUCCUCCCUCCUUCCCUCACUUGGACAUUUUCAAUCUGCAAUAGCUGAAACAAUCUUGAAACAAGUUGACAUUCAUUUAGCUAAUGGUACAGGGUCAUAACAUCAUUUUUUUGGUAUAUUCUCUGUUUCUCUUCUCUCUCAAAA